AUGGAUAAGAGAAAGCAAGGAAACAAAAAGGAGGAAACUUCAACAUACAUGGAUUUGAAAUCCACCAGGAUGGAACUGAAAUCAAUAAUGAAAGAUAUCGAGUAUAUGGGCCCCUCUCAUAUGACAUGGAAAGAGAAAAAGGCUUUGGAAAACAAGAAUAUAGUUUCUCUCGGUGGAAAGCCUCCGAAGAAGCCUGCCUUUAAGCGUAGCGCGAGCGGUGAUGAAAAAUCAGAAAGAAAGGGAUCAAAAGGCGUUACAAGAGGGAAGCGUGGAAACCGUAGCAAACGGGAAUCUGCCUCGCACAAACCCGAGGAUAGAGUACUGAUGUCAACAGCUGGCCAUUUUAGAAAUGGUGUACUCGAUGUUAAAGAGUUGUUGAAAUCUAACGCGUCUUCUAGUGACCGUGGUGGCUCCAGAAGUCAUGGGUUUGGUGGUGGUUCAGGUGAUCACGGGUUUGGUGGUGGUUCUGGUGGUCAUGGGCUUGGUAAAGGCGGCAAGAAGAAGGGUGGCAAAAAGAACCAUGGAAAGAAAGGUGGUCGUCGGAAACGCCAUUAG